UUCGACGCAAGUGUAAACUGUCUAGUCUACUGUUGAAUCUGUGUCACUCCCUUGCUGUAACAGCUGUUUAACCUUGGACGCGAAACGUAUAGUUUAACAAGUAAUUUUAAUUAUGGAAUUUGCCGAAAAAGUUGUAUUGAUUACCGGAGCAAGCUCUGGAAUAGGUGCAUCAACAGCUAUACACUUCUCGAAACUGUCAGCAAAACUAGUAUUGGUCGGUCGCAAAGAAAAUAAUUUGAAAAGGAUUGCUCUGUAUUGUGAAAAGACGAAAAGUAUCAAGCCUUUAGCAAUAGUGGCCGACGUUACAGAAGACGCGGACGCACAGAGAAUAAUAAACGAAACUAUAGAGCAUUUCGGAAAGCUGGACGUACUUAUCAACAAUGCUGGAAUUAUUGAUAUGGGUGGCAUAAAGAAAACAAACAUGGAAUCGUAUGACAAAGUAAUGACGACCAAUAUUAGAGCUGUAUUCCAUUUGACGAUGUUAGCUGUUCCACAUCUUGUACAGAGCAGAGGAUGCAUAAUAAACACUUCUUGUUUAGCCAGCUCGAAACCCAGUACUAUGGCUUUAGCAUACAACAUAUCCAAGGCUGCACUGGACCACUUCACGAAAUGCAUCGCCUUGGAAUUAGCACCAGAUGGCGUUAGAGUCAACUCUGUAAACCCGGGAUUUGUGAAAACGAAUUUACUGAAGGAUAUAGGUUUAACUGAGGAACAAUUGGAAUUGUUUGUGAAGAAUGUUGUGGGCAAUAUGCCAUUAAAGAGAGCCGUAGAAGGAAACGAAGUAGCCGCACUUAUUGCGUUCCUAGCCAGUGACCAGGCAAGCAGUAUUACGGGAUGUAAUUAUCUGAUAGAUGGCGGCAGCUCAUUACGUUAAUUUUAAACUUAGAAAAUAAAAUGUAAAUAUUAACUUGCUAAUUAAGUAUUAACUUGUAAGUUCUUUAGAAACAACUUCAGAAUCUGUAUAUAAUAACGAGCUCACAGUAUUGUCUAGUCAUCACAAUGUAACCCAUAGAAAUAUUUUGUUAACUACCCAAAAAUUUAAUAAAUAUAUCUAAGUAUAUCGUUAUUUAUUAAAACGUUAUAAAUGUUA